UACCAUCAAACCAGAGGUCGGAAUUACAAAGCGGUACUUUUAGUAAAGAAUUGGCACACACAGAAUAGGAUGAGAUAACUACAAGUCUAAUUGAUAAAUAUCGGACCGUGUACUUUGCUUGGUAUCUGAGCUCUGUUCCGACACGUAGCGUUCCUAUAAAGUCCCACUGCGGGGAAACCACUAAGGUCAUCCGAGACCCCCUGAGAACUUAUGAGAAAGAACUUAACACACACUCAAAGAAUAUUACAAUCAAUACACAUUAGACUUUUGAAUCAAUAUGGCUCCAAUCGCUAAAAUCGAAUACUUCCGUGUGCCUCCAAGAUGGCUAUUUGUUAAAAUCACCGACGAGGAUGGAAGGGUUGGAUGGGGCGAAGCAACACUUGAAGGCCAUACACAGACUGUAGAAGGUUGUAUCGAUGCUUGGUCGGAGAGGUUGCUCGGAUUUGAGGCAGAUGACAUUGAGCAUGUAUGGCAGUUCUGCUGGCGAACAUCCUUCUACCGUGGUGGACCUGUCUUCAUGUCCGCUCUUGCAGGUAUCGACAUUGCACUUUGGGAUCUUAAAGCACGUAAACUCAAUGUUCCCAUUUAUCAACUUCUCGGUGGGAAGGUGAGAAAUAAAUUGAAGGUGUAUGCUUGGAUUGGCGGAGACAGACCGGCAGAUGUAGAAGAGCAAGCAAAGGUCCGACAGUCACAAGGCUUUUCGGCCGUCAAAAUGAAUGCUACCGAAGAUAUGGGCUGGUUGGAUUCACCUGCUGUACUAGACUCCGCUGUUCAACGCCUCAAAACCGUCAAGGCCCUCGGAAUGGAUGCAGGCAUGGACUUCCACGGUCGCGUACAUAAGCCAAUGGCGAAGCAGCUUGCAAAAGCACUAGAACCCCACCAACCACUGUUUAUCGAGGAACCGUUGCUUUCUGAGCAUCUAGAGGGUGUCAAGGCCCUUGCGAAUCUGACUUUUUGCCCUAUCGCCCUCGGAGAAAGGCUCCACAGUAGAUGGGAAGUUCGCCCAUUCCUAGAAGCAGGAUGUGUCGACAUCCUUCAGCCUGAUAUAUCGCACAUCGGUGGCAUUUCUGAGAUGAAGCGUAUUGCGGCCAUGUGUGAAGCCUACGAUGUUGCACUCGCUCCUCACUGUCCACUUGGACCGAUAGCUCUAGCAGCAUGCGUUCAGGUCGACGCGGUGAGUCCAAACUUUGUCAUCCAAGAGAUGAGCCUUGGAAUACAUUACAAUGCGGGAAGUCAGGAUUUGACAAGCUAUACGAAGAACCCCGAAGUUUGGAAGGUCAAUGAAGGGUACAUUGACUUACUGACAGGCCCCGGCUUGGGGAUCGAGAUCGAUGAAGAGCAAGUGCGGGCUUUGAGUAAAGAUGCAAAGGCUUGGGUUUCGCCGGGAUUCAUUGGGCCAGGAAAUGAGAUUAGGGAGUGGUAACAGCCAUUCGUCGAGUUGGUGGUUUCGUUUGGCGCAUUUCCCGGCUCAACGCUUGAUUGGAAUGGUCAUGGGACAGGAUAGCCUUUCAUGAAUCCUCCGUAAACGAGUUGAGGUUGGAUCCUUUCAGUGUUUGUUUGACGUGGAAACAGCUAGAUUCUUGGGGAAAGUGAUUGCUAUGGAUCACGCCCUGCAAAGCGUGCCUCAUCUAAGGUCAAAAUAAAAGAGAAUACUAGCUGGCCUUGUUCGUCAUCAUGCUCGUCUUAAAAUUGAACCCCAGUUUCCAACGUUGGAAGACAAUAUAUAAAUGAU